CCAUUGCCCCUGUUGUCGCUAUUGCCGUCCGCGGGAAGCUAGCCAAAAAGAAACUAAAAGGAGUGGUUUGGAGCUCACCUUCACUCCUAUCCCCAGCCAACUCUCUCGAACCCUCUGUCUCCUUUUGAGAUCAUUAAAAUCGAGUAAACACCGGCACUAGUCUGUGCCCAUUCCCCCAAGUCUGCACUGAACUAGGUUUGUAGUACCGAGGGAGUGAGGACCCCGUGUCCACCAGCUCAAACCCGGCCCCGCCCCGUCGGCUCUGGCCCAAGGCUCGGAGCAGAGGAUGACUUUGGAGGUGCAGAAUCCGAAAAUAUGGAUCAACUCAUAAACAACUUGGGGGUCUAACUUAAUUCAGAAAGUGGCUCAAUGCAUGUCUUCAAACAGGUCACUGGCUCUGUUCAUAUCAGAGAUCCUCUUAAGACAGAAGAUAGAGGGAAUAUGACAUCUCCACCAUUCCCAGAUGCCAGUCCCAUGGAGAACCCAGCACUAUUUAGUGACAUCAAGAUUGAGCCCCCAGAAGAACUUCUGGCUAAUGAUUUCAACCUGCCCCAGGUGGAACCAGUUGACCUCUCUUUUCGCAAGCCCAAGGCUCAUCUCCAGCCUGCCAGCAUGCUGCAACCUCCAAUAUUCACUCCCAAGCCAAAGCCUGCUCUCCAGACACUUGUAGUGUCCACUUCAACGUCUGACACAGGCACUUCAGCAAAUAUCCCUACUGUUCUGACUCCAAGGUCUAUCCUGGCCUCCUCUCAAGGAACUGGUGGCCAGCAGAUCUUUCAUGUGAUUCACACCAUCCCCUCAGUCAGACUGCCAAAUAAGUUGGGUGGCCUAAAGACCAUCCCAGUAGUGGUACAGUCACUUCCCAUGGUGUAUACUACUUUGCCUGCUGAUGGGGGCCCUGCAGCCAUUACAGUCCCACUCAUUGGAGGAGAUGGCAAAAAUGCUGGAUCAGUGAAAGUUGACCCCACCUCCAUGUCUUCACUGGAGAGCCCAAGUGACAGUGAGGAGAGUGAGAUUAAGAGUGGAUCCUCAGCUUUACAGGGUGUUCAGGGACUACAGCAAGAACCAUCAGCAAUGACCCAAAUGCAGGGAGAAGAGUCUCUUGAUUUGAAGAGAAGACGGAUUCACCAAUGUGACUUUGCAGGAUGCAACAAAGUGUACACCAAAAGCUCCCACCUGAAAGCCCACCGCAGAAUCCAUACAGGAGAGAAGCCUUAUAAAUGUACCUGGGAUGGCUGUUCCUGGAAAUUUGCUCGUUCAGAUGAGCUCACCCGCCAUUUCCGCAAGCACACAGGCAUCAAGCCCUUCCAGUGCACAGACUGCAACCGUAGCUUCUCUCGCUCUGACCACCUAUCCCUGCACCGCAGGCGCCAUGACACAAUGUGAGCAGCAUAGACUACACCAGAAGAGCUGUGCUGGUCUUGUGUGUGUGUGUGUGUGUGUGUGUGUGUGUGUGUAUGCAUGCACACCGAGAUCAUAACCAUCUUUUCCUCUUUGACUUCAGCUUGCCUCGGGGAUGGGGUAGGCGCAGCUCACUGAGCCAGGUUGAUUAGACUGUAGGAAAAAAUAGAUGGUCUCCCAUGGGGGCUCCUCAUAUUCUACUUUCACUUCUCCACUGUCCAGUCUCCAAUUUUUUCAGCCUUGCAUGGAUUUAAUUCCAGUGUGGCACCCAUGGCUUCCCCCCAUUCCUCCACCAUACCCUUGCUCUGACAU